CGAUGAGGCUGGCGCCAACUGCCGGCUCUGCGGCGCGGGAGGCGGCGCGGGAGCGUGGCAUCGAGGGGCCGGCCUAGCUGGGGCCCGUGGCCCUCCGUCUUCUGGCUGGUACGCAGGUCCUGCGCACGCUGCGUGGCCGCAGCCGCCGGGUGUUGGGCGCCGGAGGGGCCGGGAGGCGAGCCGGGGUCCCCAGGCGGGUGUGGGCACCGUUCCCGCAGCCGGUGUCCCCCGAGGCCGCGCUGGGGCCAUGAUGCACUCGGUGAAGCUGCGCCGCGACAGCGCGGCCGACUUCGUCUCGCACUAUGAGUACCUGUGCGCGUUGCAGGACUCGGUGCCUGUGCCCGCCGUGCGCGCUUCCCUGCGGGAGGGCGUGCUGGACUUCAACGCAGACCGCCUCCGCGGGGUGGACUGGGCGCCGCUCCUGAGCACCCUCAAGAUUAAUAAAGAUCUGCCCCUGAUCUGUAUCAAGAGCCUCUUCCAGCCAUGGCUUGGCGAGACAGAGCACAGAGUCUUGGAAGGGAAAGUUAAGAGUAGGCUUCUUGGAGGAGGAUCUGGGGUUCACACCAUCUGUUAUCGCUUCUGCAAGGACAGUUCAGCUCAUCCCCUGGGAUUGAAUAAAUCGGCCACUUUGGUGCACCUGUGUCUUGCGAAUUGUCCAAUUGGAGAUGGAGGUUUAGAAAUUAUUUGUCAAGGUAUAAAGAACUCUAUCACUCUUAAGACAGUAAACUUCACGGGGUGUAAUCUGACAUGGCAGGGAGCAGAUCACAUGGCCAAGAUCUUAAAGUAUCAGACUAUUAGAAGGCAUGAAGAAACCUGGGCUGAGAGCCUUCGUUACAGGAGACCUGAUCUUGACUGUAUGGCUGGUUUGAGGCGCAUCACUCUGAACUGCAACAUGCUCAUUGGUGACCUGGGUGCAAGUGCUUUUGCAGAAUCUCUUAGUGAGGAUUUAUGGCUUAGAGCACUUGACCUGCAGCAGUGUGGCCUCACCAGUGAAGGAGCAAAGGCUUUACUAAAGGCCCUUGAAACCAACAGAACUCUGGUCGUUUUGGAUAUAAGAAAAAAUCCACUUGUUGAUCAUUCUGUGAUGAAAUCGGUUAUCAAAAAAGUUCUCCAGAAUGGAAGGAGUGCCAAGUCAGAGUACCAGUGGAUAACUUCUCCAUCUGUGAAGGAACCAUCCAAAGCUGCUAGACAGAAGAAGAGAACUAUAAUUUUGGGAAGUGGUCGAAAAGGAAAAGCUACUAUUAGAAUUGGCUUGGCCUCAAAGAAACCUGUAAGUAAUGGAAGGAAACACUCUGCUGGUAAGGAAUGUUAUGCUCCUGAACCUCUACCACCUGGUGUGUCUGGUUUCCUGCCGUGGCGUACUGCAGAACGUGCAAAAAGGAACAGGGGUUUUCCAUUCAUCAAAGCUCGUGAUGUAUGUAAUCAGUUGCAGCAAUCAGAAUUUCCUGUGACUGUGACAGUAGAGAGUCCUUCCUCCUCAGAAAUCGAAGAGGUCGAUGAUUCCUCAGAAAGUAUUCAGGAAGAGCCAGAGAAAAUCAAUUUGAAACAAGAAGCAUUGCAGGAAAAACUGGAGGAGUGCCUAAAGCAGUUAAAGGAGGAAAGAGUAAUAAGACUUAAGGCUGAUAAACGAGUCAGUGAGCUGGAACAUGAAAACGCCCAGUUAAGAAAUAUAAAUUUCUCUUUGUCUGAAGCCCUUCAUGCACACUCAUUGACAAGCAUGAUCCUGGAUGAUGAAGGUGUUUUGGGCAGCAUUGAGAAUUGUUUUCUCUCUUUGCAACUAUAAUGGUAGUUUGCUGAGGAACUGGAGCAGUUUUCAUCGCUUCCAUGGGCAUAUUUAGCCAAAUUUAGUGUAAUUAUAGAUUUUCAUUUACUAGGUCGUCCCCAGAUGAAUUCUACUGUUAGUAGUUCACCUAAAGAAGAAAAGAAGGCACUUGAAGAAGAAAAAUCAGAAUCAAAGCAGGGUGCCCCAGGACAAAUGCAAAAUAUCCAAGUUUCUCUCUGUAUGCAGUCAGCUUACAAUGAAGGAACACUAAUGAAGUUUCAGAAAAUUACAGGUGAUGCUGGGAUUCCUUUGCCUCUCGACUCCUUCCAUGUCCCAGUCUCUAGUCAGGAGGCCUUAGAAACUUCCAAAGACAACCCGGGGGUCCCAGUCACAGAGCAGCGGCAGGAGUCUUUGGAAGAUUUCAUUGCUAGAACAUGUUCUCCUUCAGCGGACAUCAUUUCUGGGACUGGAAGUCAAAGAAGAGAAGAGGAGUUAUCUAGAAAUAGCAGGUCUUCUUCAGAGAAAAUGAGCAAAGCAGGUGAAUAUACCAAAAAAUACUCUGCUAAGAAACAACCUGGGAAGGACCUGCAUUCCUGCUCUGACUCACCUGUAAAGCAGAAAAGCAAAGGAAUUGGGCAAAAUAAUUCUUUGCUUAAUGAACCAAUUAGAAGUGAGUCUUCGAAAAAACACAUUUCUGUUAAGAAAGAGAGUAGAAUAGUGACUGUUUCAUCAAAGACAACUAAAAGUAAACUCAGUCUACUAGAACAUUCUGAAAGUGAUACUCUUGGAUCUGAUUUUGAAUUUCAAGAAAGCAUCCAUACUCUAUCACGCCUAACAUAAGUCUAGAUCUUUUAAAAUUAUGUUUUUGCCUUCAAAUUUUAAUAAAUUACUUAUGUUUUUAGUAUAGCAUAUGGUGUUUUAAAAUACUUGACUGGAAGCCAUUAGAGAAAGAUUUAUCUAUACUUUUUUAUUAUAAUGAAAGUUUUGGUAUAUUUUUCCUUGUGACAGUUUGCACCAUUCUUCAACUAGUGUUUACUGAGGGCUUCAUAUGUACAGUACUUUUCUGGGUGCUAUUGCUUUCAGCAGUGAACAAAAAAAAGCCUUUACUCUCCUGGAACUAACACUCUGGUGGGAGAAAACAUAAACAACAAAGCAGGGUAACGGGUAAAAAGAGAUGGGAAUAAUAAAUGGAAUAGUUUUACCAUUUGGUUAAAUGUCAAGCUAUUAUAAAUCACAUGGCCAGAAGCCAUUGACAUAUUUUAAUUCACAAUAACCAGAGAGCAUCAAACAUUUACCAAGGCACUUAACCGUGUUUAUGGAUUACAGCAACGCUAUGAGGUUGGGAACUGUUACCAUCCCCAUUUUAUAGAUGAGGAGUCUGCGGAGACAUUAUGUGAGUUGCCCAGAAUUACACAGCUGUAAGUAAGUGGGAAGCUGGGAUGUGACCAGAACCCAUGCUCUUUUUUUUGAAUGUAUGGACUUUAUUAUGUUUCAUUUGUUUCUGAUUUAUGUGAUUUUUUUUUUAAAGAUUUUUUUUUAUGUCGACCAUUUUUAAAGUCUUUAUUGAAUUUGUUACAGUAUUGCUUCUGUUUUAUGUUUUGGUUUUUUGGCCGCAAGGCAUGUGGGAUCUUAGCUCCCCGACCAGGGAAUGAACCCUCACCCCCUGCAUUGGAAGGUGAAGUCUUAACCACUGGACCACCAGGGAGGUCCCC